UCUCUGCCGCGGAGUAUGGUGGAGGCUCCUUCUUUGGAGGCUUUGAAGCAGAUGCUGGACGGCCAUCUGUAGGGGGUGCUUUGAAUGUGAUUUUCCUUCUUCGUGGCAGGGGGUUGGACUGGAUGGCCCACCAGGUUUCUUCCAACUCUAUGAUUCUAUGUUUCUUUUCUCUUCCUCCUCCUCCUGCUCCUUUUCUUCCUCCUCCUCUUCUUGGUCUUCCUCCCCCUCUUCUGCUGCUUCCCCCUCCUCCUCCUCCUCCUCCUCUCCCGCAUCCCCAUGGCUCUCCCUCCCUGCCUGGCUACCAGCGGUCCCUCAAAGGCUCCCAGACUGCAAUUAGAGGGUGGAUCCUGCAAAGGCAGAGGAGUCCUUCCUCCUCCCCUCCCUCCGCCCCCGUCCCUUCCAACUCCGCGGAGCAACUCUUUCGCCCUUUGCUUCGGAGUCUGCUUCCUUCCCCCAAAGGAAUCCGCCGCAAACCCCUCUCUCUGGCCGGGACUGGGAUGCCUUCGCCGCUUCGGGAGGAAGCCUCUCCUCCUCCUCGGCGCCGCCACGCGUGAAAGAGAGGCUGCGGUGGACUUGGAGGCUUAAAAAAAUCCCACCAGGUGGACGAAAGUUAAAGCUCAAAAAUCCAGCCCAGUGAGGAGGCAAAGAAAAGAGGAAGUUCACAAUGGCACCAACCCCUUGUCUAUGUUGAUGGACACUUGUAGUAAAUUUGGAAGUUCUAGUUCAGUUCAGGAUUCAUCAUUUCCUCUAAAAGUUGAGGACAAUUUGGAGAAGACGCCUUAUCUACUGGGAGAGGAGGAGCCCUUUGCUGCAAAAGCCUGGAGUGCUGACGGAAUGGGAGAUUCCUACACGGCCACUUUCCCCAACGGGAAUGGACUGAUGUCUCCGUCAACAAGUCCGCAAGCUUCCACCACUUAUGGCAAUGAUUACAGUCCUUUUUCUCAUUCCUUCCCAGCCUCACCAUCAUCUCAAGACACAUCAUCCCUGCUGGUGUCCAAAGGGCACCCCUCCCCUGACUGCCUCCCGAGUGUCUACACCUCUUUAGACAUGGCACAUCCUUAUGGCUCCUGGUACAAGGCUGGCAUCCAUCCAAGCAUCUCCACUAACUCCAACAGCCCCACGGCUUCCUGGUGGGAUAUGCACUCCAACAGCAACUGGCUGAGCUCCCAGCCCCAGUCAGAUGGACUCCAAAACUCAUUGCAGUCCAUGCCCAGCCAGGCUCCCAUCAGCCCCCAGCUGUCCAGUUAUAGUUCUGAAUUCACCACUUUGAACCCCGCUCCAUACCCUGCAGUGGGAAUUACAUCCUCAUCACACCUUCUGCCCUCAGGCCAACAUGUGCUACCCCAAGAGAUGUACAAGCCCAAACCAGUGGUCAACAAUUCCCUGAUGGAAGGCGGGAUUGGACUGAAGUCUGGGAGAGGCAGCUCCUUUGGGAGCACAACAGGAAGGUCAACCUGUGACUGCCCCAAUUGUCAAGAGCUGGAGAGACUUGGGGCCUCAGCAGCCAGUCUGAGGAAGAAGCCCAUCCACAGCUGCCACAUCCCGGGCUGUGGGAAGGUCUAUGGAAAGGCCUCGCACCUCAAAGCUCACCUGCGAUGGCACACUGGGGAACGGCCCUUUGUCUGCAACUGGUUGUUCUGUGGCAAGCGCUUCACUCGUUCAGAUGAGCUGGAGCGCCAUGUCCGCACCCACACUCGGGAGAAGAAAUUCACCUGCCUACUCUGUAACAAGCGUUUCACGCGUAGUGACCACCUCAGCAAGCACCAGAAGACUCACAACGAGCUAGGAGUCAGCAAGCCUCCAGAGGGGGAUGCUGAACGGGAAGAGGCUACCACCAUGGUAGCUGGUUCCCCCAGCGCCGGCCUGCAAGAUGGGAUACCUGGAGACGAAAAAGAUGCCACCAGCCCAGAGCAAAGCAAUCUGCUAGAAAUCUAGGCUAGAUUAUAUCAACCACAUUCCUUGUUAACUUCGUUCUGCAGCCAUUGUUGCCAUCACCUGUUCUUAUUGCCUCUCAGUUAAAUAAUUUAUUUCCUGGAGAAAGCACAGGUCCAGAGGCUGUUGGCCUUUCAUCUGAUAUUACUUUCAUUUCCAAACUUCUACCUUCCCCUCCAAUCCCGGAAGGAAAAUUAACUGAAAUCCUUGGUAGCCUAUGACUUUGUGUACAGGAACAAAUUCAAAGCUGAGUCUUCUACCUUCUCUAUGUCAUUCUAUAACAAAAGGCCUUCCUUGCCUUGGUUCUCUGUAUGAUCUGUCAAGAUAAUACACAAGACAUUUCCAUGGACAUGCAGAGCUAGCCAACCAACAAGCUGAGCAGGACUGAAGUGGGUUUUUCUCAGGGCAUGUAUAGGACUCAUUUUCCAACUAGCGUAACCCACUGAGGAUCUAACUCUGAUAACCUCUCCUGACUUCUUGUAGCAAACAGAAGAAAGAAGAAGGUGAGAGAUGACCUGCUUUGAGACCCGGGUGCAGUAUUUGUAUCUACAGAACAUGCCAUGCUGCUCCAGAACUCAUAAAGGAACAAGUGUGCUCUCUGGUUGAGGAUAUGAAAAACAGAUCCUUAGUUGAAAGGGCUCCUGUAUCAUUAAGGAUUGCAAGGAAGGGAAAACUCUAGCCAGGGAUGGUUUUUCAGGUAUACUGCAGCACUGGUGCAAAAAGCAACAACUGGCCAAACCUUGCCUACUGUGAAGCUCUGACAGGUUGAGUCUCUCUUAUCCAGAAAUGUGCAGUAUUCCAAAACGUGAAACUUUUUGCUGCCAGCUGCCCAGUCCUAGCUUUGGAGAAGUGGGACUGGUUACCCAUCCUGCACCCACUGGGUUUCUCUUUGGGGAGCCUUUCCUCCAGAUUGUCAGAGAUUCGGGAAGAAGAAGGACUCUGUCCUACAGCUCACAGGGAGAGGGUCCCUGUGAAAGGUAGACAUCCCAAAUAAUUCCAUGCCUUCCUUCCAGAAAUCAGGCAGCACAGGAGGAUGAUUUCCCCUCCCUUCCAGGCUAAUUUCCUGAAAGGGUGAAAAGUGUGCUCACAGCUGAGGAGGUGUUAGACAUCUGCAUUUUAUAGGUGGAUAUAUGGCCCUUUUCCCCCUUCUUCUUUCCCCCCAUCAGGUUUCUGGCAGUAUUGGGGAGCAUGGUCUCCUUGAGGAGUAGGCACUAGAUGUGUGACUAAGCCCCUUUCCUCAUCUCCCUCAUUUCCUAAGUAUAUGCAGGAGCCCCCGGUGGCACAGCGGAUUAAACCACUGAGCUACUGAACUUGCUGACUGAAAGGUCACCGGGAGCGGGGUGAGCUCCCACUAUUAGCCCCAGCUUCUGCCAAUCUAGCAGUUCGAAAACAUGCACAUGUGAGUAGAUCAAUAGGUACUGCUACGGCGGGAAGGUAACGGCAUUCCAUGCAGUCAUGCCGGCCACAUGACCUUGGAGGUGUCUAUGGACAAUGCCGGCUCUUCGACUUAGAAAUGGAGUUGAGCACCAACCCCCAGAGUUGGACACGACUAGACUUAACAUCAGGGCAAACGAUUACCUAUGCUGAUUGGUAUUCUAAAAUGCAAUAAAAGUUUUGUAUCCAAGCAUUUUGGACAAUGGAGACUCAACCUGUAAUAUUAUAGAAACCUUCUGAGUGAGCCCCCUUUUCAACUCUGGGAGUCCUUGGUUUGGAAAAGAGUUAUCUAUGCAGGUAAUACAAAGCUUUGCAGUUUAAAAAUAUUGUUCUGUUUAAAGUUAAUCACAUUAGCAGGUCUAGAAAGUAGUUUAGAAGACAGUUUUAAAGGGGAUUGGGGAAUACCCUAUUGUAUAGGCUUCAUCCUACUGGUUACACAUUGCUGGGGCUCCAUCCUGCCACCAAUACCACUGUUGGUCAGUGAAAGAUCAGUGAGGGCUGCCCCAUCUGGGUGGCCAAGCAGUGGCACAAUGUGAUGCCAAAAUGGUAUCUGCAUUUAUCGGUGCCAGCUGUGCCUGCCCUUCUGGUGUAGUAUGCAUGCCAUAAGCCAAGCUGAGAGCAUGAAAUCAGAAGUUGCCUGCAUAGAUAUUGCCAUUUUUGGACAUGAUACCAUAUGUAUGACUGUUAUGUCAGUGAAAUCCAGAAUAUAUACAUGUUUUUGCUAAUGUUCUUUGAUACACAGAGGUAAAGUGACAUGAAGAUGUCAUAACCUGGAGUGUGGGGGAGAACUGAGGCCGACUGUUCUGUAGGAGUUACUAAGAGGCCACAGGUUGUUCCAUAAAGGUGCUACAAGACCCUUGGGUCCUCCUCUCCCCAUGUAUUUAAUCUAGAAGUAUAUUUAUGCCUUAAAUUAUGAUGACAAAUUGACAGAGGGAAGGAGGCAACUGGGUCUCCAGGAGGCCUCAUUAAACGAGGCAUCUAUUUUCUAAUCAGGGUUGUCUCUCUGUUAAUUGGGGGACCUUCUCUGUGCAAAACAAUAUGAUCUAAAAUUUACUCAGUUUUCUUUUUUUUUUUUCCUUUGCUUCGUAAAGUGAAACAAGAUGGAAUAUUUAUAAUCUUGAAAUGCUUUUCUUGUAAGUUCCAGAGCAGAGUUUCUCAAACUCUGCUCCUCCAAAUAUUUUGGACUUCAGCUCCCACAAUUCCUAACAGUUGGUAAGCUGGCUGGGAUUUCUGGGAGCUGGAGUCCAAAACACCAGGAGGAGCAGAGUUUGAGAAAGACUGGACUAGAGGGUUGUUGUUUUUUAAAAAGUAUAAAUAUGAUUUAUCACCAUGAUCAGAAGAACUUUGUUAUUAUUAGAUUAAAUUAAGGCAGGUAGUCAACUGCUUUGGGCUCAGAUUUUUUGGGGGGAAACAAGGCAUUUUGGUUUGCUUUGGGAAGCUGGCAACUUGGCAAAGAGCUGCCUCCUCAGUAAGGUGGAGCCCUUGGCACAGGUCCCUAUCAUUUGGGGACAUUAUUUGCUUCCUAUGAGUCUAUACUCUAUAGACACAAAUGCUGAACUCCUUAUGUUUUUCUUUGAUCCAUGUGCUGCUCCUGUGUCCCUCUGAAGGCUACUGGAUGUAGGAGGAUAUGUUAACAUGACAAGAGGCAGCCUUUCUAAUGUUUCCGCACUAAAAACUGGAAAGGACUCCUAUAUCUUUAGUGACUGUGUAGAAGAGGGAAUUUUAGAAGAUAUUAUUUGUGAUGCAACUAGAUAAUUAAUAAUAAUAAUAAUAAUAACAACAACAACAACUUUAUUUAUACCCCGCCAUCCCGGUGGUGAAGUGUGUUAAAACACUGAGCUGCUGAACUUGCAGACCAAAAGGUCACAGGUUCAAAUCCUGGGAGCGGAGUGAGCGCCUGCUGUUAACUCCAGCUUUUGCCAACCUAGCAGUUUGAAAACAUGCCAAUGUGAGUAGAUCAAUAGGUACCGCUCUGGCGGGAAGGUAAUGGCGCUCCAUGCAGUCAUGCCGGCCACAUGAUCUUGGAGGUGUCUACGGACAACACUGGCUCUUCGGCUUAGAAAUGGAGAUGAGCACCAACCCCCAGAGUCGGUCACGACUGGACUUAACGUCAGAGGAAACCUUUACCUUACUUUACUACCAUCUCCCAGAGCGACUCGGGGCGGCUUACAAAGCACUCAAAGGUGCAACAUAUAAAAUAUAAAAAUUGCAGAAACAAUAACAUAAAACAAUAACUCCCAACAUAUAUCUCUCACCAUAAAACCCCUUGGUUAAAAGCAAUAAAAUACAGCAAUAGCUGCGGAUAUAAAACAACAGCAAUAGUCAGUCUAGUCACGUGAAGUGCUUAGUGACAUCUAUGGGUCUUCACAAAUUUAUUAAAGGCAUCUAAAUAUGGUCAAAGGCAUGUAGAUAACAAGCAUCACUAGCUGAAAUUCCCCCUUCUAUACAACCAUUUACCAUUCUCUCCUGUUUUUACUCUGGCAACCUUAACUGACUCCCUUUGUUGCAUUUUUCUCUUUUACCCAGCAAUAUGUGGUCACACAUAUUCAUAUUGUGGCAUCGUGUUGCAUAUUUCCUUGCUCCCUGCAUCUCAUAUCAUUCAUUGGCUGCCAUAAGAAACUCAUGACAUAAAGAUAUCAAAACCUGGAAAAUGUGUUUCAGUUGGGACCCUAUAAUUAAGCAGGUAUAGUUUGGCAUUUGUAUAAACAUGUAUCACCAGAAGGGCAAACCAAUGCUCUUAAGGUUGCCUGCUCAAUGGAACAACUAACAUGGAAAUUAUGUUGUUUUUAAUACUUUGAAUUUUGCUUGUUUUUAAUUUAAUUAAGAAUAAAAUAUAAGCUAUGUUUCAGAAAAAAAUAAUAA